UAUAUUUGAGCAAUACAAUAGCACUGGUUCGAUCGAAGCUAAACAUAGGAAGAAACAGUCAUACACGGAAGCGAACAAUAAUUGGUACAUGUACACUGAUGUAUUAUCAUCUUCGUGGACAUCUUAAUUGCUGGAACGAAAUUACAAUGCAGUGUCCGCGGUUUUUGCGUGCUGGAGCGAGAGCGAAGGGACAGGUAGAGCUUAUGGCCGGCAAGUCCAGUGCGUCUGUCCCCAGUCUUCUUGACCACACCCACAUCCAGCCAUUCGAGGAUAUGCCUACACCAAGCGGUCCAAGAAGCUGGCCAGUCAUCGGGGCAUUAUUCAACUUUAAACCAUUCACGGAGUUCACUGGCGUGACGAUACACCGUCUUCUGAACCAGCUCCACGAGGAACUAGGGGAAACAUUCCGCAUCCGCCUGGGCAAGUGGUAUGUUUGUACUGCCGACCCUGAAGCGAUGGAGACCAUCAUAAGACACGAGGAGAAGUACCCAGUUAGACCUUCCUUAGACCUUUACGAGACCUACGUCAGGAGGGAAAAUAGACCUGUCAACCUUGGAGUCUUGAACGGUAAGGAAUGGUGGCAGCUCCGGAAACGGGUCCAAAAGAAGUUGUUGCCUCCCCGGUCGGCCCUGGUGUACCUCCCCGCACAGAACAAGGUCGCGGAUGAGUUCAUCGCCCUUCUCAAGUCAAAGCACCUCUCGGCGCACGAGCUGAGAGAAACAUAUUUCAGAUUCGCUGUGGAGGCUAUAUCAGUCGUUGUCUUCAACAAAAGGAUGGGCUUCCUGUCUCCCGAUACCAUCCCUCAAGACUGCGAGGAGUAUCUUACUGCUGUCAAAGAAUUCUUUGCUGUGUUUAACACUUUCAUCGGCAAGGCGCCACUGUACAGAUUCUUCCGGACGCCAAUGUACAUGCGGAUGAAGCGAGCGGCCGAUAAAGCAUAUGAGUUUUCCAACAAGGCUGCGACUGAGGCCAUACAGCGAGGUCUGGAGUUGGAAAAGACGGGGAAGUGGGAUCCUGGAGAAGCCAACUUUAUUCUGUCUCUCUUCGCGUCUGGAUCUCAGAGCGUGGACGAGAUCAGCUCCAUCAUGCAGGACCUCAUGGUCGGAGGCACGGACUCGACGGCCAAAAAUCUCGAGUUCUUUCUGUAUGCACUAGCGAGUCAUCCUGAUGUCCAGGAUACGUUGUACACGGAGGUGUUGAGGGAGGUUGGGCCAACGGGCCCGGUGACGGAGGAGGCGCUGUCCAAUAUGCCGUACCUGAAGGCGUGUCAGAAAGAGGGGUUCAGAAUGCGUUAUCCCGUACCAACAGGUACUGCUCGCAUAUUACAAAAUGGAUUGAAUCUCAACGGAUACUACAUACCUAAAGACACAAUUGUCAUCAUGAACAACCCACGUCUACUGAAGAACCCUGAAUAUGUGAAGGAUCCUGACAAGUAUCAACCAGAUCGGUGGCUGAGGAAUUCAUCGGGUCAGCUGACGAAUAAUAUACCUGGUGUGGGGCUUCUACCCUUCAGUUUCGGGCCCCGAAAAUGUGUAGGACAGAGAUUUGCUGAACAGGAAUUAAAUCUUGCUGCUGUUAAGGUGCUUCAGAACUUCAAGAUCUCACUGCCGGAAGGUUUCGAGGAGCCAGAAAUUAUUUAUGAAGUUUUUGGGACAUUUUCGAAACCAAUCCCUUUCAUCUUCACACCCCGAGAACAGAUCCAAAGUUAAAUUAUUAUUCUAAUAUUCUGGAUUCGAUGUACGGCUAAGACGCCCAUGUGUUGACCUGACUUCUUAUAAAGACUAUGGAAGAGGGUGGGAUGUGUCCACGAGAAACACACUAUAUGUUAUGCAAAUGCAGUGACCGACAUAAACCCAUGUGAGCAUCUGGUCAUUGUGACUAGCAUUAACCUACCUGAUCCUGCGUUAACAUACAUACCCCUGUGUUCACCGAAAUUUGGGAUCUGAGGGGAAGCAACUACAAGUCCUAGGGCCGUGUCGUCAGUGCCACCGACAUGGUAUGAUACUGCGUCUACCUACAGGCUGACUCAACCAAGAUGGUAUGCCUAAGCAUCAACAUGCCAUUAUACUGCGUCUACCUACAGGCCGACUCAACCAAGAUGGUAUGCCUAAGCAUCAACAUGACAUUAUACUGCGUGUACCUACAGGCCGACUUAACCAAGAUGGUAUGCCUAAGCAUCAACAUGACAUUAUACUGCGUGUACCUACAGGCCGACUCAACCAAGAUGGUAUGCCUAAGCAUCAACAUGACAUUAUACUGCGUCUACCUACAGGCCGACUCAACCAAGAUGGUAUGCCUAAGCAUCAACAGGACAUUAUACUGUGUCUACCUACAGGCCGACUCAACAAUGAUGAUUUGUCUAAGCAUCAACAUGACAUUAUACUGCGUCUGCCUACAGGCCGACUUAACUACGAUGGUAUGCCUAAGCAUCAACAUGACAUUAUACUGCGUCUACCUACAGGCCGACUCAACUAUGAUGGUUCUCAUCUUCCCUAAGUCCAGUUUCCACCCUUGCCGAACUGGGCUGGAAAUCCGGAGUUACACUCUGGCUAGACAAAGGAGUCUAGGCAUAGUCCAAUCACAAUCGCGUAACGAAGAAGACAUCCGGUUCGUAAACAACGUGGAUUUCAACAUGCAGAUUUCGAUCGACUGCAGGGUUUGCAAAACAUGUGUACCGUCAACUGGGCGUCGACAGAUAUUUUGCAAAUCCUUUCAUGUUUUUAAGCAAGGUGCUCACGUGAUGUGACGCACUUCGCCACGUAACAUCCGUUUUAUUACAAUAUAGAUCUUGAUCAUCGAUCAGAUCAUCUUGACAAGUUGCCGCCAUUUUGCUUGAAGCAAAUGCGAGUGAUAUGAGAGAUGGAAUCUGAUUGGUCAAUAGGAGGGACAUAGAAGGCGUUCCUAACGAGCCUGGAAAUUCCUGCCUACUUCAGCAAGGGCGGAAUCUGGACUUUUAUAGUCAGUUAACGCCCUUGACUGGGGAGGAUGGGUAAGUUGGCUGACGUAAAGACUAUACAAGUUGGAAUAUAGUAUUUGUUUAUUGUCAAUUUGUUGUCAACGUAACAGACAAGAUGCUAUCAAGCCGGUGUUUGGUGCGAGUUUCCCUAUGUUGUGUAUUUCAAAACUAACUACACAACUAAACAAAUAAAUUUCAUAUUCUUAUAGUUAGUACGGCAUUUGUGAACAAACCUUCCACUAUCCGUUCAUAAGAGUAUCAUAUUAAAUAUGUUUGAAUGUAUAUUUCAGUUGACUGAAAUCUUGGGUAGUUCUCAGUAACGUUUAAAGUUACAGCAUUCUAGAUACCACGCUGGCGUGUCCAAACUGAUGAACCCACGUGACCUGUAAUCUCAGUAGAAAACACUUUCAUCUGCUGGUCAAAUGGUAUGUGUUAAUACUGACAUAAAACAUGUUUUAGUAGUGUAUGUCGCCAACAGGGCUUGUUAGUAGUGCUAUCAUAAUGUAUAUUAUAUACAAAGCGAGCAUGUAUGGACUCGUACUACUUGCAAUAUGCUACUUACUGGAUACGUGUUGCCACGCCACGUUCGGACAUAAUCAUUGACCUUGUAUUUUUGAAGGCACUAAUAAAUACAGUUAUUGAC